CUGCGCGGUGGGCGUGAUCCGGGCACUUAGGGCAGGAUGAACGCUGCUUUCCAAGAUGGCGACGGAGGGAGGAGGGAAGGAGAUGAACGAGAUUAAGACCCAAUUCACCACCCGGGAAGGUCUGUACAAGCUGCUGCCGCACUCGGAGUACAGCCGGCCCAACCGGGUGCCCUUCAACUCGCAGGGAUCCAACCCUGUCCGCGUCUCCUUCGUAAACCUCAACGACCAGUCUGGCAACGGCGACCGCCUCUGCUUCAAUGUGGGCCGGGAGCUCUACUUCUAUAUCUACAAGGGGGUCCGCAAGGCUGCUGACCUGAGUAAACCCAUAGAUAAAAGGAUAUACAAAGGGACGCAGCCCACUUGCCAUGACUUCAACCUCCUCACAGCUACAGCAGAGAGCGUCUCUCUCCUAGUGGGCUUUUCCGCAGGCCAAGUCCAGCUUAUAGACCCAAUCAAGAAAGAGACCAGCAAGCUGUUUAACGAGGAAAGACUAAUAGACAAGUCCCGCGUAACCUGUGUCAGAUGGGUUCCUGGUUCGGAAAGCCUUUUCCUAGUAGCCCAUUCAAGUGGGAACAUGUACUUAUAUAAUGUGGAGCACACUUGUGGCACCACAGCCCCCCACUAUCAGCUCCUGAAGCAGGGAGAAAGCUUUGCCGUGCACACUUGCAAGAGCAAAUCCACGAGGAACCCUCUCCUUAAGUGGACGGUGGGCGAGGGGGCCCUCAACGAGUUUGCUUUCUCCCCAGAUGGCAAGUUCUUAGCAUGUGUGAGCCAGGACGGGUUUCUGCGUGUGUUCAACUUUGACUCAGUGGAGCUGCACGGUACAAUGAAAAGCUACUUUGGGGGCUUGCUUUGUGUGUGCUGGAGCCCAGAUGGCAAGUACANUGUGACAGGUGGAGAGGACGACUUGGUGACAGUCUGGUCCUUUCUAGACUGCNGAGUAAUAGCUAGAGGCCAUGGGCACAAAUCCUGGGUCAGUGUUGUAGCAUUUGAUCCCUAUACUACUAGUGUAGAAGAAAGUGACCCUAUGGAGUUUAGUGGCAGUGACGAGGACUUCCAGGACCUUCUUCAUUUUGGCAGAGAUCGAGCGAACAGUACACAGUCUAGGCUAUCCAAACGGAACUCUACAGACAGCCGCCCUGUAAGUGUUACGUAUCGGUUUGGUUCGGUGGGCCAGGAUACACAGCUGNGUUUAUGGGACCUUACAGAAGACAUCCUUUUCCCUCACCAGCCCCUCUCAAGAGCAAGGACACAUACAAACGUUAUGAAUGCCACAAGUCCGCCUGCCGGAAGCAAUGGGAACAGUGUCACUACACCUGGGAACUCUGUGCCCCCUCCAUUGCCACGGUCCAAUAGCCUUCCACAUUCAGCAGUCUCCAAUGCUGGUAGCAAAAGCAGCGUCAUGGACGGGGCCAUUGCCUCUGGNGUCAGCAAGUUUGCAACUCUGUCGCUACAUGACCGGAAGGAGAGACACCACGAGAAAGACCAUAAACGAAAUCAUAGUAUGGGACACAUUUCCAGCAAGAGCAGUGAUAAACUGAACCUAGUUACUAAAGCCAAAACGGACCCAGCUAAAACUCUGGGGACAUCCCUGUGUCCUCGGAUGGAAGAUGUUCCCUUGUUAGAGCCACUGAUCUGUAAAAAGAUAGCUCAUGAAAGACUGACGGUAUUGGUUUUUCUUGAAGACUGUAUAGUCACUGCUUGUCAGGAGGGAUUUAUUUGCACAUGNGCAAGGCCCGGUAAAGUGGGCUUGUUGUCAUCCCCAAACCAGGCCACUUCUCCAGGUGGGACUGUAGUGUAGCAGGUGCACUGCUGCUCCCAGGCUCCCCGGACACGCGUGGACCGAGGGAGUGACAGACGACAACGGAGCCAUGAGCUGCGCUGGAGCCACAGGCAGGCGGCAGGCAGCAGCGGCCUGCAGGGCUGUGUGGAGCUGCUAAACCCAAAGAGUUGUUUCCAUUUUUAAGUCAGUCUGUUGGGGCUGCAGUAAAAACUGAGAAAUGGAGUUUUCUUGCUUUUUACUCUAAAAUUCAAUGCAACUAAAUCCAUAUAUAUAUAUGGAUUUAGUUACAUAUAUAUGGAUUUAGUUACAUAUAUAUAUAUAUACACAUAUACAUACAUAUAUACAUAGUGUAAAGUAAAAUGUUUCUUGAACAGAAACCUUAAAUCGAGCUGUUCUGAAUAGCACUUGGCUCUGGGUUUGCACUGAUGUGUUUUAUACUUUAGGUGGUCAUUAGACAGCCUGGGAUGCAUUCAUGGAGACAGCUGUCACCUCCGACUUAAACACGUGCUCCAGACAGACAGAUGCUGCAAUCAUAGACUUAAAACCUUGUUUGCACUUAAAAUAGUUUAAUGCUAAUAUAAAACGACUUUGACUAUGGGGGUAACAGGCUACCAGCCUCACAAUAUGGAGAGGAGAUGCCCUUUUUAUCUGUUAACAUUUAUUUUAGUACUGUUGUUUCCGAUGCAAUCAAGUCUGUAUUAUAUGUGUAAAUAAUGUAAUUCUGAAAUGGGGGAAAAUAGUCACUCCCACUAGUAAUUUUCAUCAUUUAAGAGUGAUAUUUCUAAUUCACAAAAACAUUAAUAUUAAAAUUAUCUUGAAUAUA